AUGAAGUCUUCAGCCCAGCAGGAGAAAGUGCUAGUCUGACACUGAUCCUGCUAUUGCAUUAACUGCAUUGUGAAUGAGGAGGCUCUUGUGCAAACGAGGCAUGAGUUGCAUGAUUGGAUGGAUGAUUGGAAAGUUGUUACCAUUGCUCCAGACAGCUCAGUGGCAACAACCAGGCAAGCCAGAGAGGAGAAUACCCUUGACCAUGACACAGCAUCUCACUUAGCUGACCUUGCAGCAAAUGGAAGUACUGUUGCCAUAGCACACAGACCAUCAGUUCAAUGCAUUAAGGGCCAGCAGGUUCUCAAGGGACACUUACCUGAGAGAGAACAUUCAUGA